GUUGAGGGUUUAAAGUUUGGUAAACUUUGGUCGUGUGUCGUAAUCAUGGGCAUUCAUAGAUUUUAGUAUCAAAACCCAACUGCCAGAUGCUUUGAUCACUUCCAAGAUUUUGCACUGAACAAUUCUGAUUUCUUACUGUUAUCGCAAAUUUCCAUUCUUUGCUGUUUCCUCGUAACGGUUUCUUUUGUUGUUUUUUCUCUUCAUCUCUGCCAUUGGAAUUGGAUGUUUUCCAAGUUCACAAAACCCCGUGAAUAUUUUCAUUCCCCUUUUCUUAUUCUUUAUGUUCAUUAUUUUUUUCUUGUUGGAUUCUCCGUCCACCAACUUAUGGAACAGUGAAUAACAGGUUUCUUAAUUGAUAACAAGAGUUGGGAGAAAAACGUCUUUGGCAGUGAAUCAGGGAUAUUUGUUUUAUUUUCCUGGAAGUGGUGUCCCCAAUUUCUCUAAAUUUAUGGAAAGUUUCUUCCUUUCCUGUUUGUUUUCGAUGAUAUUCACAAUGAGGAUUAUAUGUUUUGUGCGGUUUGAGUAGUGAUCAUGUGUGUGUGUGUUGAAGAGGUAAAAUGGAUUCGUGGGUUGUUGCGGCCAUUGCUGGAGCUGGGUGUUUGUCUAGAUAUUUGAACAAGCUUUCAAAGAAUGUCGAUGGUUCAUCUCCUUUGUCAUUAGAGGAUUCCUAUUUUGAGAAUGAUGUGUCCCCAAUCCAACCCUUCUGCACACAAGCAGGGAGAGAUUCUUUAUAUAGAAGGGCCUCAGAUGUGGAUUCAGAGGAUUGUCUUUUGGCUUCUGACGAAUGGCUUACCUUCAAACUCCUUAGAAAGUUGCCUAAUGGCUCAGAAGAGCAAGUCAAAUUGGAAGAAUCUGUCUUUUUGCCAUCCAUGGCAACAAGGUCAUUUCUUGUUGGUGAUGGAAACCAAGUGAUCAGAAGAGCAAAUGAUGUUGAUUCUUUCAGUGGAAUAACCGGAAGUGAAGAAUAUAGGUUGUAUAGAGAAGGCAAUAAGGUGAAGGAUAAAAGUGUAUUAUUCGGAGUUCCUUCCUUGUCCAAGAUUGGAUCUUCUAAUGAUGCCAAGAAGAUGAAGAUCAAUGCAGGCAAUGAACGAAGUAUGAGAUUGAGCCCUACUAGCAAUGCGUUAAGUGGAAAGCAUAUUCAUACUCAACAUGAUGCAUCAUUUCUCUUCAGCCUUGGGAUUUCUUUUGGGAUAAUAACCUCCAUGUUGGCAAAUAAAAGAGAAAUGGACAAGUUAAGAGAGUUGUUAAAGCAGACAGAAAACUUUGUUGAAGAUCUACAAGAGGAACUUGAAAUGAAAGAUUCAAUGAGAGUGAAAGAGUUACAUAAUGAAAAUUCUGGUUCAGAGGGUACUUAUGAUCAUUCCUUUUGUGAUAAUGAGCUAAAUGGAUUUUCACCUGAAAAGCACAUGGAUAAUUUUCCAAUAACUGACUGCAAAGAAUCAUAUGGUCAGAAGGAAGAAGAAAGUUCAGAAGCUAUGAGCAAAAUUGAAGCUGAGCUUGAAGCUGAACUUGAGAGAUUGGGAUUAAACAUGAAUGAAUCUAACCCAGAAAGACCGCAUUCUGAGCUUGUAGAGCAUGUUCCUGUCCUUGUAGCAGAUUUUGCUCAAGGUGAAUUGCAAACUAAUGUGAUUGGUGGGAAAGAUUUUUUCCAUUCAGAACUAAAUAAGGAAGAUAGUGCCACUGUGGUUCCUGUAAAUUAUGCUGUUUCACCUCAUGAACUAACACUGCGCUUACACGAAGUUAUCCAAUCCAGGCUUGAGGGACGUGUACAGGAGCUUGAAAUUGCCCUUGAAAAUAGUCAGAGAAAACUGUGGUUUAUGGAAUCAGAGCACAAGAAUCAUUCCCAGAAAUUUUUCCCAAGAAAAGCAUCCUCCUUUAGUGAAGGAAAUGUGCUUGCUUGCAAUGAAUGUGAGCCUAUGACUGAACCCUUAGUUAUGAAUUUAUCUGAUGACCCUGCAGGUGCUUACAAUGGCAGCUAUUAUGAAGAAAUUAUAAAGAUAGAUGACUUUGAAGAAAAUUCUCCAUCAAGCAUGCAUAUUCCUGAAUGCGAAGCAGCAAAUGAUCUGCUUGCUUUUCCCACGGCUAAUGAAGAGAGAGUUUCAAGGGAACUCUCUUCUGGUGAGGAAACAAUGUUGGAAGGGCUAAGUUAUAGCAAUUAUGAAUCAAAUGGUGUUACUAGAGAUGAAAAUUAUGAGUGUGAUUAUGAGAUGGAAAGGCAAUUAAUAAGGCAAAUUGUUGAAAGGACCAAGAAAGGUUCUCCUGUGUUCCAAAAUGCUACAAGGAUAUUGUAUUCUAUGGAUAAAGAUGAGCAUUAGUAUCAAUAUUUUUUAGUUGACUAGAAGUAAAAGAGGUCAGUAAUCUCUCUCCCUUUUUCUGCA